AUGUCACACGCUACGGAUAUAGCUGAGGAUGUCUCCCUACCCAGCACCCCAGCCAGAAUCGCAAGCCCAUCCAGACCAAGUACCCCUGUCGAGAACUUAGAGACUGCAAGUCCAGGGUCUCUACGCUCCUGGACCAUACUCAAGAUAGCGGCCAAACUCAGGAGACGUGGCAUACCAUACCCAGAAACAGCUCGUAAAGCGGAACUAUGCCGCCUCCUGAAUGCCAACCCUGACACCCCAAGACCAGGCACCAGCACACAGGCAACCGAUGAAAGCACGCCUGGAAUCCAGGCCACAAUGUCUGCACUUCUUUCUUCAGUUAACCUCAUCAAUGAGAGACUGGAGAAACUUGAAAACCAAGUGGCCAUAAUGACCCCAGCAGCUAUCCUUCCCACUUUACCCCAAAAAUUACCUUAUGCAG